AUGGGGGUCGGGCUGGGGGCCGGCCUGGGGCGCUUGUCGAUCCCGCUGUCGACCCCCAAGUUGAAGCCAGAGGGCCUCGUGCACUACCCGAUGGCCCGGCGGCCGCGCUACCUGCACGGUGGAUGGCGUGGCGUGGUGAAAAGGAUGAUCAGGAUGAUGAGCGGCAAUGCCGACGGGGAGCCGCCAGACAUAGACCGCGGCAGAGAGCAGGCUGGAGGGCAGCAGGCGCCUGGCCCCACCAUGACCCUGUCGCAGCCCACCGUACGUGAGCUCUGCUCGGAGCUCCAGGGUCUGGUGCGCCAGAGUGCCGGCGGCGAGCCGCUGAGCGGACAGAGGCUGGACCGCGCCCGGCGGGUGUCAGAACAGCUCUGCACGGCGGCUGCGCAGCUGGAGGAGUGGCGGCGCCACCGCCGGGAGAUCCUGGACGCGGUCGCGGCCAGCCUGGCCGAGCCGAGCUUCCUGCGGGUGGCCGUCGAGGUCUUCAGGCGCUACGUCUUCCCAGCCGUGCUGCUGCUCCUGGCUCGGCCCAUGUCGGCGUGGGCGGAGGCGCCGGAGGCCUUCGAGCGGACCAUGCUGAUGCUCGGCCACCUGGUGCACGAUCCGGGCCUCGCGGGGCCCGUCGCGGCCUUCCUGCAGCAGGCCCCCCCGCCGUACCGCUUCGUGGCGGAGCCCGCGCAGGCGGGCGGCGCCCCGGCGUGGCGCUGCAGGCUGGCCUGCGAGGCGGCGCUGAGGCUGCUGCUGGCGCGGCCCGCGCAGCUGCGGGGGCUCUGGGACUGGGCGGGGUUGGCCUCGCUUCUGGGCCACGAGGACCUCGUGGUCCGGAGGCUCGCCUGCGCCGCGCUCUCGCACAUGGUGGGCCUCGGCGUCGUGGCCUCGGGCGCGGCCCUCGGCUUCCUGGAGCUGCCCGACCUGGGCCUGCGGCCGCCUGCCGCGGGCCCCGAGUCCUGGAGGGCGGGCUGCGAGCGCGACGGUUCGUGCUCGUCCGGCGCUCCGGCCACGGAUGCUGUCUCCUGGACCGAGGGGCACGUGCAGGCCAUUCACGGGAUCUGCUUCAGCGUCCCCGCGGCCCGGGCGGAGCGGUCCCUGUUCGUCUCCACCGCCCCCGACGUGGCGGACACCAUGCGCGCCCUGCUGCUCGCGGUCGGCGUGGGCAGGCCCAUCCUCGGGCGGCGGGGCCGGCGUUGGCAAGACGGCGUUCCUGCAGAGGGCCUCGGAGCUCCUCGGCCAGCCGCAGCCGGUCUUCCUCUACUGCGACGAGCAGACCGACCUCAAGAUGCUGUUCGGCACCUACGUCUGCGGCGAGACGGUGGGCGAGUUCGUCUGGAGGCCGGGGAUCAUCACGGAGGCCCUGAGUCGGGGGCAGUGGCUCGUCCUGGAGGACGUGGAUCGGGUCCCGGCGGAGGUGCUGGCGGCUCUCUCGCCCCUGGUGGACUCGAGCCACCUCAUCGGAUACCCGACCGCAACCAGAGGGUCGACGUGCACCAGGGCUUCCGGCUGUUCGCCACCUUCUCCACCGGGGAGGAGCCCCCGGCGAGCUGCGGGGGCCAGCGCGCGGCCGACGGCGCAGAGGCGCCCGCGGGCGAGGACGAGGCGGAUGCCCCCAUGCAGGUCGACGACGGCCCCCCGCUCGAGGCCGAGGAGGAGGGCGCGGGCCGCGCCGCGGGCCCGAGGCGCCGGGCUCCCGCCCUCGUGGCGGCCUUCACGCGCGUGCGCUUCCACCGGCUGGGCGCGGCCCACCUGGACGCGAUCCUCGCGGGCCUCUACCCGGGCCACGUGGCCGAUGGCCACCUCUCGGAGGGCGCCGAGCUGCACACCCAGACAACCGCUCCUGGCCGGGACGGCCCCGUAGGCCCGGAGCUCCGAGGCUCCGAGAAAAUUUUGCAGCGAGAGGGCACCAAGAUGAAGGGAUUCAUCAAGCGUCCCAAUUGCCAGUCCCAUUUCUCGCACAUGAUGGCAACACUCAGUGCCAUCCAGAGCGUCGUGGAGGCAUAUGUCUCCAGCGUCGCACCAACCACGUUGGCCUUUGGCUUCUUGACCCUGGUGCCGUGGAGCUCGCAGGAAAAGCCGGCCAACGUGCUGGCAUCAGGAGCAGGCGGAGAGGUGAAUUUGGCAAGCAUCGCCCAUAUAGUGGAGCAGCAUGAAGUCGUGUUGAUCGUAUCCGUAUACAGGACGGAGAGGGAAAAGAGAGGCGUGUCAGGCCUUCUGAACUAUCUGAGGACGGCGCAUCCCGACGCGAUCGUCUUCUUGGUGCAGCUUCCAGAUCGGCUUGAUACCGAGCUGACCAAGGCCUACAUCAGUGAAUUGAUGGCGCGGCAGGACGAGCUCUACAGCUUUGGGGCGGACGGCGUGUUGAUGGAGCUGGCAGGUGACCCAGAGGGGCUGCAACAUAGGUUAAGUUUGGAGCUCCAAGAAAACGCCGCCAUCCAGCUGCGCGUGCAGGCAUUUGCUGACAAUGCGAACCAGGGGGUACCCUCUGCCAGGGAUGUCAAAAUCAUCGAGGAUGAGUUCCGUGGUCUACUCUGGAAUGCCAUCCCGAAUAUGUUGAUGCCCGGCUUCGCGCCACUGGACAAGCUUCUCCUGGAAGAUGGGAAUGGGGUCGGGGAUUUUCGGUUUGUGCGCUCGUAUUCGGAUCACCACCACGUGUUGUUGGCCGUGAAAGGACAGCAUGAAAAGGUAGUGAUCAAGGUGCACGACAAGAGCAGCGUCACCGAUGCCAAGAAGGUGGAGAGCAUACACCAAGAAUUCUGUCUCUUGACGCACAUCCUUGACCACCCACACAUCAUCCGAUGCGUAGGUAUGUUGCAGAGCCAGUGUAAUGUGUAUGUGGCUCUCCAGUACGGUGGAGACGUGAGCAUGGAGCAGGUGUUGUCGACUCAAGGAGAACACCGCUUGUCCAGGGAUGACGCCUUGAUCUGCAGUGCCCAGGUCGCGAGUGCUCUGUCCUACUGCCACGCCAAGGACGUCGUGCAUGGGCAAGUGUCUCUGAGGCACGUGGCGGUAGAGAUGGCAUGCAAUCGGCACAUCUGCCGCCUUGUGGACUUCAGCAUGGCAGCCCACGUUCCAAAUUCAAGCACAAGGAAGACCUUGUGCGGAUCUCUGCCAUGCGUCGCUCCAGAGACGGUGUUGGACGAGCCGUAUUUGCCUAAGCCCGCAGACUGCUGGAGUGUUGGGGUGCUGUUCCUGGAGACCGCUUGCGGGCAGGGUUCACUCGAGAAGUCCGUCCAGUGGCGCCGUGGCGAGUCCCUCGCACACGCUGCGUGGAAAAUUCUGGAGUUCUUCUCCAAGGCUGGCUGCCACACCGAGGCGAUGACGAAGAUGGGCAACGCACUUGACGGCACAACAUUGGCGUGCCUGGGGGUGGUGCUGAAGCCCGAGCCAGCUCGCAGAGCGACUGCGUCCGACGUGGUGGAGAUGUUUUCUGCUGCGCACACCGAGGAGACCGGCUCUGAUUGA